UCAAAAUUUAAACGAAGGGUAUUGAAGAAUGGUUUCCUGCCGUACCUGCUGAGGGAUGCCAGCGUUUCACUGAAAACCGGCUACCGUGACAGUCGCAGUGUUGUAACUACAUCCCGGAGUGGGGUGUGGGGGGAGGCUAACCAAGGUCUUCUGCAUCGGCUAGGUUGAAACUUUAUGGACAUGGCUCCAGAUACCUGGAAUUUUUUUUCCCCUCCAGAAAAUUUGGGCAAAGAUAACUCUAGCUGAAUUUUGUCAUGAGUGGGCAAACUCCACAGGCUGGUUGCAAGCUCAAGAUGUGGACAAAAUGACUGGAAAAAGGGAAAAAUUUACCUGUUUAUCAUGGCACAAUGUGAGAAAUGUGAAACCUAUGAUGCAAUGUUGGAGCAAAUUCUUGUGCCUGACGGACAACCUCUUGCUGUUAACUGUUCACCGGAAAAGAGCUUGAAAAGUGGAAGCUACAACUUAACGUGGUAUAAAGUUGGUAACCAGACAGCUGUGCCUAGAGACAAACUGUCUAGAGUGCAUCAGCAGAAGAAUUUAAUUUGGUUUCUUCCGGCAAUAUUAGAAGAUUCUGGAGACUAUGAAUGUGUCAUAAGGAAUUUGACAAGCUGGAAGAAAAUGUGUACAAAAGUAACGGUUUUUGAGAAGAUUGAUGGUUUAUGCUUAAAUGAAAAAUUUGCUGUAGAGGAGGUGAUAUUCACAUCAUCAUCUGCAAAGGUUGUGUGUCCACACUUGGAUUAUUUCAGGAAUGAGAAGGAUAUUCAGCCUGUUCGUUGGUAUAAGGACUGCCAGCUGCUGGAAGGGAAAAGAUUUGCCUUCUCAAACAGUAAUCUUAUAAUUUUCAAUGUGACUGUACAUGAUCAAGGAAACUAUACAUGUGAAACAACAUGUAACUACAAUGGAAAACAAUAUAACAUUUCACGAGAUGUCAGUCUGAUUGUAGAAGUGAGCCAACCAAAAAAGCCUCCAGAAAUAUCUUACCCAAGAAACAACUCUAUUGAAGUGGAACUUGGCUCACAGGUUACAGUGGAUUGCAAUACAACAGGUGCUGAUGGGUAUGAAGUGUUUUGGAUGGGCAACGGUGUGUAUAUUGAUGUAUUUUAUAUGAGCAGAAUUUCUGCAAGUCCCUACGAGGAAGAAACUUCUAACGAUGGACGCCCUGUGCAUUCUGUGAAGCUAAUAAUUUCAGAAGUGACUAGUGAAGAUUAUGAACAACCAUUUGUCUGUCAAGCUUCAAAUGCCUUUGGGCAGGUUGCAUCUUAUAUUAUAUUAAAGCACAGAGUUCCUGACAUACAAAGAUGGCUGACUGGAGUGCUUGUCUCUUCGUUAAUUUUAGCAUUUAUUGUUUUAAUAAUCUACAAGACUUUCAAGAUUGAUUUGGUGCUUUGGUACCGUAAUUCUGUCUGUGCCCUUACAAGUAAGGAAGAUGGGAAAACUUACGAUGCAUAUGUCCUGUAUGCAAAAAGCAGUGAAGGCAAAAGUUUCUAUUGUCUGGAGACCUUUGUUCGUAGAAUACUCCCAGAUGUUUUAGAAAAACAAUGUGGAUAUAAUCUCUUCAUAUUUGGAAGAGAUGAUUUACCUGGAGAAGCUGUAGUCAGUGUUGCCGAUGAAACCCUUAAGCGAAGCAGAAGACUGAUGAUUAUUUUGGGAUCAGAAACAUCUAGUUGCUGCCUGCUAGAAGAGACCUCUGAACAACAGCUAGCUAUGUAUAAUGCACUCAUCCGUGAUGGGAUUCAAGUGAUUCUUAUAGAAAUGGAUGAAAUACAGGACUACACAAGCAUGCCAGAAUCAAUCAGAUACAUUAAGCAAAAACAUGGAGCUAUCCAAUGGAAAGGUGACUUCUCAGAAAAAUCAUGUUCAGCAAAUACAAGAUUCUGGAAAAAAGUGCGCUAUCAAAUGCCAUUCAGGAAAAAGGUAUCUUAUUCUGAAGUGUAUUUAUUGCCAUUAACUUCGAACAAUUCUACAGCAAAGGGGAGUUAAGAAGCACCUAUUAAAAUAAUACUGAGAAGGUAAUUCUGAAUUGUGAUGUUUCUUGCAAAAAGUCUUCAUAUUACAAACUAAAUGUUUUCUUU